AUGGCGACUCGUCGUCCACUCGCAAACGUGCCGAAUGCAACCAAUUCUCCACACAGGGCAGGGCUGUUACCAGUUAAACGAGCUCGCUCUACUCAAACGGAGAUCCCGUACGGACAACCACCGCCGAAGAAACAAUUGAUUGAGAGCAUGCAAUACGAGUCUCGUUCCGCCACCUGUCAGACCACGAACACGGACUCGAAACUUUUCGCCCGACGAUCGAACAACAGUAACCCUAGUGCGUUUGAAAAGAGGCUCGUCGCAGCCAGGGAGAAGGAACGCCAACCGCAAGUGAAGCACAUGAGAGUCGAGAAGGCUCCGGCAGAUACCAUGGACUCCAUUCGACAAUGGCAGCGGCACUAUAGGAAGGCAUUCCCACAGUUUGUGUUUUACUUCGAUAGCAUUCCCGAGGAUGUCAGACGGCGGUUCUCUCGCCAGGUCACUGCACUUGGAGCUCGCGAGGAGAAGUUUUUCUCACGCCUAGUAACCCACGUUGUCACCUCACGAGCUAUCCCCCCAGAAUCGGCCACCCCAGCAGAACCGGAGUCAACUGUAGACGCUAGAAACCGCGAUAGCAACGUUCUAACCGUCAACCCUUCUCUCAUAGAGAGAAAUGGCGACAAUCACCUGCAUGCUUCUUUGAAAACCGAGACCCGACGUGACCAAGGCACCAUGGACAUUCUGCAAAGGGCUCGACAGAUGGGCAUGAAAAUCUGGGCGUUGGAAAAGCUUCAACGUAUGAUCACUACCAUCAAUGACAGUGACAUCGCCGCCCAAUAUGAACAGGCUGCUCGGAAUAAGGCCGCUGGUGGUAACGCCGCCAACGCUGAUCUUUCGCGGGUUCUUCGUCAGGAACUGCUUAAUGGGCCGUCCGAUCGUGAUCCAUUGGCAUCACUUGAGAUGAUAAUGUUCAAAGGUCCAUUUGUCUACAUCCAUGACAUGAACGAGAAGACCAAACCAGUCAUGGUUCGAGAAUAUCCCCGAGUCGCUAGACGCCAGGAUGGAUCUUGGCCACAGUUCCGAAGUGCCCCCCUCGGAAAAUGUCCCUUCAUAGAUGAGCCCCCAAGCAGGAAGGAAUAUGACCGACACCGAUUGCGCCAAAUUCACAAAGAGAAGAAGGCUGCAUCUCACGCGGCUGAUGGGACACGUCAUGCUAAGCCAAAAGCAGCUGCGCCAGUUCAAGCUCCCGAAUCUGUGACCACAACAGAGAUGGCACACUCCCAGCCAUCGGCAAAGCAAGAGGAACGGGUUCCGCCUCCAAUCCAAAAUGAAACCCAAAAACCAUUGGAUGAAACCCAUGAGCGAAAGAGUUCUGAAAGCUUUGUUCCUCCCCACUUCCCUCGCACCGGGCCCUUCUAUGCUGGUUGUGAGCCAGCUGCCUCCGGUAUUCAGCCGUCGAACAUGACAUCCGCAAUUCGCUCACAAAUGAUCUCAUCUACUGCUGCUGCACCUGGCGCGAAAGCUGGGCUCAGCAAGGAGGUUCAUGGGCUCAAACGAAAGGUUCUUGAGAAAGGUACAGGUGGAUUCACGGCGGGAUCGAUGGCUGCUCCUCAACGCCGUGGGGAUGGAUUCACCACGGUUACGACGAAGAACAACACCAACCCCCCUGGUAAACCCAACGUUGUCAUCAAUGAAAAUGAGGCAAAGCAAUCUGAGGUCGCUGGUUCCAAGCGACAAAGGGAGGACAAAGAUGAGCAAAAGAAAUCCGAACGCCGCAGAGAUCCUAAGCCUGGCUAUUGCGAGAACUGCAGGGAUAAGUUCGAUGAUUUUGAAGAGCACACUUUGACUCGCAAACACCGUCGGUUUGCCGCGAACUCCACGAACUGGGCUGAACUCGAUGCAUUGCUCUCCGAAAUCCAGCGCCCCCUCAAGGACGAAUAUGAAUAUGACGAAUAG